AUGGCCGUCUCGUCUUUUGGCUACUCAGCACGGAAAACGACCUGUCUGGGCAUUGUCAUCCCCAGCUCCGCCAUGGAGGCCAGUGGGCAGGCACCCAAUCAGUCUAUGGGCAGAUAUACAGCGGGUAGAGAGUAUAAACACGUUCGUGACUUGGAGCUCAUUGAUAUUGAAAUGGCUCGGAUUCGAAAGGACAACAAGGCUCGCCAGGCUUGA